AUGCCGCGCAAACUCCCCUGGAAAACGAAACCCGAGGACUCACCGCCCAACACGACGCCCAAGAAGCAAAGUCCUCGUCCUGAAUCCUCCGCCCCUCCGCUUACUUGGUCUCGUCGCCCCCUGGAGCAAGGUACCCCUCCGUGCCACCCGACAGAAUCCCAUCACGUGCCAGUAGGAGCCGCCAGCCCAGCAGUAAGCUCCCGUUUAUAUGCCCGCAUCUCGCGUCCAUCAGCUCAUACUUGGGGGUCGGGUAGGUUCAUGAUUGCCGGGCCGGCGGGCGACGAUAGAUACCGCAUGGUGGAGGACGAGCUGCUGGCCACGGCGGGCCUGUUCACCGCGCACCUCCACCGCGCCGAGUACACGCGCCUGAAGAGGCUCGCGGCGGCGCAGAACGCGGCGGCGAUCCGCGAGAUUGAGCGGCCGGUGGUGCCUGGGCCGGCGACGGCGACGGCCACGCGGCGCAGGGGGCUUGCUUCGCGGACGGCGCGGAGGCGAGGGCUGGGGCGCGGCGACGGCGAGGGGCCCUGGGUGGGAAGCAGCCUGCAGGGCUUGAUGGAGACGCCGCGCGGCGAGGAUGCGAGCUUGGCCGGCGUCGGGGCCAGGUUGGGAGGAGGAGGAGGAGGUUUGGGGGCGACGUCGCGGCCGCGAGCGGCUGUGGUUUCCGCCUGUCCGCCGGCCGAGGUUGGGGGGAGGAGGGAUGGCGAGGCGUCGUCUUCUGCUGGGGCGGGCGCAGGACGGGGUCGGGUUGAGGCGGUGCAGGGUGAGGGUGAGGAUGAUGAGGACGAUCCUUUUGGCGGUGAGGGUGAGGAUGAUGAGGACGAUCCUUUUGGCGUGAGGCAGAGGCGGGUGAGGCGGGAGAAGUCGAGGGAGCAGAUGGCGAGGAGGACGGGUGAGCGGGAGACGCAGACGCCCACGAAGCUGGAGAGGGACAUGAUACCUCGCUUCUUUUGA